UCUCCCAAAAAUUUCAAUCCCCCCUUCUACCUCUUCUCCCACGUUCCAACCUUUUUAUGCUUCUCACCCAGACUGAGAUAGAAGAAGGAGCCACCCAAACCCUUCAUUGUCUCUGAAGCCAUGUCCAACCCCACGUCGCUUCCACCCGGCUUUCGCUUCCAUCCGACCGACGAAGAACUCAUCCUUCACUACCUGAAGAAUCGAGCAGCGUCGGUGCCGUGCCCAGUUUCGAUCAUCGCCGAGGUCGAUAUCUACAAGUUUGAUCCAUGGGAUCUUCCUGCUAAGGCGAUGUUUGGGGAUCGAGAGUGGUACUUCUUUAGUCCGAGGGACCGUAAGUACCCGAACGGGAUAAGGCCAAACCGGGCAGCUGCAUCUGGGUAUUGGAAGGCAACUGGGACUGAUAAGCCGAUCCAUACGAGCAAAGGGAAUGAGAAUAUUGGUGUUAAGAAGGCCUUGGUGUUCUACAAGGGUAGGCCACCUAAGGGAUUGAAGACCAACUGGAUCAUGCAUGAGUACCGCCUUGCUGAAGCUCAGAACAGCAACAGCUACAAGCCUAUGAAGUUUGGAGACUCUUCCAUGAGGUUGGAUGACUGGGUCCUUUGUCGAAUCUACAAGAAGAGCCACCAUCUCCCGUCGGUUCCAACACCAAUGGAUCGAGAGCAAGAAGACUCGGGCAUCGAAGAUAGCUACUACUCAAACUUAACAAACAUCACGCCACAAAACCCUCUAAGACUACAUAAGUCUUCCUCUAUAUCUGAAUUGCUUGAGGACUACUCUUCACUCUCACAUCUAUUUGACAACCAGCCUGAAAUACCCGGAUCAUCAGACCAUGCUUACAUUAUGCCUCAGCCAAGUUCAAACCAACUCUUCAUUAACAGCAGUGGCAGGUACAACUUAGUUCAGCAGCUCCCCCAAGCAGAACCCACUGCUCCAAACGCUGAAAACUAUUUAAAGCGCCAGAGAAUGUCGGACAUUUACUCAGAGGAGAACAAUGGGUUGUUUUACCCAUCAAAGAAACGCAAUGAUUCAUUCAUUUACACCAACUUCUCCAAUCAGUUUGAUAGCCCUCAGUGCAGCAUGCUAAACCAGCCAUUCUUCAGUAGUCAGCAAAUAUUACUGAAUUCUCACCUGGGAUUGCACUGAACUCGGACCCGUUACACUUGCAUAAAUCACGGAUACAAAGUCGGAAGGAAAGAACAGAAAACAUCGUUUUGUUAGGAAGAUGGGCCACUUUUUUUUCAGAAACUUUGCCUUGUGUCAAGAGGUUGGGUUCAGAGAUCCAAUAGGAAGCGCGGAGUGGUAUCAAAGGGGAUGACUUAGGGACAGCCUGGUGCUAGAUGGACUCGGUAAAAUGACCAAAUUAUUUAUGAGAAUGUACGGGGUGAAUUAGAGGACUGGUCUUGUCGACAUCAUGUGGUUCGAAUGGAUUGCAUGACUUUUUUCUUUUUUCUAAUAAAGUCAGAAGAUGUUUACGUCCCGAUUGCAUGCCUCACUGCAGCCAAUGGCGUGAGAGAUUUUUUUUUUUGGUCUAUUAGUAGUUGAUAUGUUUGGAUGUAGUACACGGUACAAUAAAUGUGGUUGAAUGAA